AUGAUUCCAUGUGAAUUUUGUCAUUCCACUUAUCCAUUGGAUCUAAUUUCUGAACAUCAAAUUUUAUGCCUAAUUGGUAAUGGUUCAUUGAUGUUAGCAACAGAAGAUCAAACAGAGAAAUCCGACAAUUCAUGUGAUCAAGUAAAGGAAAAUUCAAAAACAUCAUUGAACUCUCAUAGCACUAUUGCACAAGGAGAUGUAUCCAAAUCUAGUUCAUCAAAAAUCCAUUCCACCCAAAUAAAAUCCAAAAAACCUCUUCACACUGUUGAUGAACAAUUGAAACCAAAUCAUGGAAAAUCUUUAUCAAUAUCACAAAACAAUAGAGAAACGUCAAGUACUACUAGUAGUAGUAGUACUAGCAGUAGUAAAAUGUACUAUUCUUCUUCAUCUUCUUCACCCAUGAAUCAUCAUCAUCACAACAACAAACCAAUUGGUUUAGGCGAAGCUCAAAAUCUCUCUACAAAGUCGAUUGGUGCUGGUAGUUCUUCAUCGAGAAGAAAGGGUUUUCUUGAAAAAACGCCAAUAAGCAAUUCAUCACAUACAAAAUCAUUAUCAAAUUUAUCAAAAAAACAAGAGAAGAAUGUCAGUUCUAUGAAGAAAAAGUUAUAAUUAAAAGUGAUUGCCUAAAAAAUUUUUUCAGAAAAAAUAUUUAUGUUUUAAUUCGUUUUGGAAAAUUAUCAUUUUAUUCUCUUUAAA